AUGGAGCAAGCCGACGGAUCCAAGAGGAGAAAUUCAGUUGAACGACCUAACGAAGACAAGAGAGGACGAAGGGAUGGUCGUCGGCGUGAUGAUCGAAAAUUCGAAGAUCAAGUCUUCAAGAAGCUUAACACCAACUACACUCGCAUCCUACGAGAGAUCAAGGAUCGUGAAAACCUGGAAUGGCCUUGGUCCAAAGGGAAGCAUCCCUCAAGGUCCGAGAAAUCAAGGGAUUAUUGUGAGUACUACUGCUUCAACGGGCACCAAACCGAUAAAUGCAAGAACCUCAAGAUAAUGAUCCAGAAGUUGGUUGACGCUGGUGACCUCAAGCAAUACAUACAGAAGGCAGAAAUCGAAGAGAGGGUUAAGCGAAGCAAGCAAGUCCAACUACCCGAAGGAAAUCGAAGCAUUAACACCAUCUCAUGUUCCGAAACUACCGGACCAUCGUUGACGGCCCAGAUAGGGAAAAGACUAAGGAAGCAAUUUGAGGAUUACUGCGAGCUGUACAAGAUCAAUGGGGUAGAAAUGGACGAACACGAUCAGUGGAUGAAUGCACCUAUGACUUUCGAUGCCGAAGAUAUCGACGAAGACAUGGAAGAUCACAACGAUCCCUUGGUCCUAACAUUACCAGUGGCCGGGUGCAAUAUCAAGAUCCUCAUCGAUGGAGGGAGUUCGGUUAAUAUUCUGUUCUACGAUACGUUCAAGCAGAUGGAACUAAACGAUGAGAAACUAAUGUCUUCUUACUACACCAUCUACGGAUUCAAUGGGACGCCAACAAAACCCUUAGGAGAUAUCAUCUUACAAGUGGAUGCAGGACCAAUGAAAGUGGAUACUCGAUUCAGUGGAGUGGACGCCCCAUCCCCUACAAUGCCAUCAUCGGCCGGAGAUGGGUGCACAAGCUCAAAGGAGUAG